CACGUGAUGUACAAGAUGGCAGCACGAAGCCCGUUCCGUGCGGCCUUGUUCCGGGACCGGGUGGCGGUUGUGACCGGCGGAGGGAGCGGCAUUGGCGCCGCCGUGGCUGCCGAACUGUUGGCGCUAGAAUGUAAUGUCGUGAUUGCGUCCCGUAAAAUCGAGCGACUGCGUGAAGCUGCAGAACAACUUUCAGCGGCACUGGUGGACUCCAAUCCUGCAAAAGUGACGCCGAUUCAGUGUAACAUUCGUAAGGAGGAUGACGUGAGGAACUUGAUGCAGAAGGUCUUGGAGUUCCAUGGUCAGAUUGAUUACCUGGUCAAUAAUGGAGGGGGUCAGGUCAUCAGUCCAGCUGAACACAUCUCCACCAAAGGCUGGAACGCUGUGAUCGACACCAACUUGACGGGAACGUUCCUCUGCUGCCGAGAAGGUACAGGCAACAGGAAGAGGACAGGGGCGGCCUUAGCUAUGUUUCACCCGUUUCAACUGAAACGGGCCCCGCCCUCCCAGGGACCCUCGACUGACACAAUAUUCUCCUGCUAUUGCCAGCCAAACUACCAGUGGGCGCUCGCUGACUGA